GAGGCAGCCAAAUCACAGGAAACAAUAAUAACACAAAAAAAAAAGAAAAAAAGAGGAAGAAACUAAUCAAUCAAUCACCAUGGGGAGGUCGCCUUGCUGUGAUGAGAGUGGCCUCAAGAAAGGCCCUUGGACUUCUGAAGAAGAUGAUAAACUCAUCAACUACAUAAAAAAGAAUGGCCAUGGCAGCUGGAGAGCCCUCCCUAAACUUGCAGGUAUUUAACAUAUUAAUCAUGGUCAUUUCUCUAUAUAUAUUUUGUAUAAAACUUCACAUUCCGAUCAAGUUUUUUUUUUUUUUUUUUGAUGAUGGUGAUGAAUUUCGGCCUCCAGGUCUUAAUAGAUGUGGAAAAAGUUGUAGACUUCGUUGGACAAAUUAUCUAAGACCUGAUAUCAAGAGAGGAAAAUUCACCCCCGAAGAAGAACAAACCAUCCUCAAUCUCCACUCUGUCCUUGGAAACAAGUGGUCUACUAUUGCUACACAUCUUCCUGGAAGGACAGACAAUGAGAUAAAGAAUUUCUGGAAUACUCAUCUGAAGAAGAAGCUGAUUCAGAUGGGAUUUGAUCCCAUGACUCAUCGUCCUCGAACCGAUAUCUUUUCAAGUAUACCUCAUCUCAUAGCUCUGGCUAACCUUAAGGAACUCAUGGAACACAAUUCAUGGGAGAAACAAGCUGUUAGAUUGCAGAACGAAGCUGCAGCUCAAAUGGCUAAGUUUCAAUACUUGCAAUAUCUCCUUCAACCUCCAUCAUCAAUGUCACCUGCAGCUUUCUCUAAUAACAAUAUUAUUAGCCCUUCAAAUGUCAACAUCCCAAAUGAUUUUGAUACUUUCGAUCUCCUAAACUCACUCUCAAAAGAUAGUACUCUUCCAUUGUUAAUGGAACCUUCUUCAAUCAAUAAUAUUCCAUCAUCUUUCAUGAAUACUUCCAAUAAUAACUCUACUACUACCAUUCAACCAUCAAUCCAUGAUUCCAUCCCUUUCUCUCAUUUGCCUGAUUUGGAGUCUUGUCUGAUCAGUAAGGAUAAUAUGGUUCAAACCUCUAACUUUUCAGUCCUUUGUAGUACUCAAGGUGAAAAUUCACCGACUUCGCCGUGGCGGCUUCCGACCUCCGACGACUUAUCUCCGGCCACCUCCUCUCCUCCUCCGGCCAUUCCACCGGUCACAAACACCGGCGGUGACGAUUGCAGCGCGUCGAGUUAUGAAGGUGGUCCAUCAUCACCAUCGUCCAUUUGGCCUGAACUCCUACUUGAUGAUCCUUUAUUUCAUGAGCUUGCUUAAUAAUUUAUAUAUAAUUAAUACAUAUUUUUAUAAUUUGUGAGGUUUUUAUUAAACCCUUCCUCCACCAUUUUCUUUUUUCCUCUUGGGUUGUCUUGAUAGUAUAUAGAAGUAUUGUCAUAGUUUUUUACGCAUAAAGUAUACGAUUUACGAUCAUAUACAUAUAUAUAUGACAUUAUUCUCCCAGCUACAUGUUAGUUUGUGGUGAGUUUUUUUGUACAUAAAGAUUCUGAGUAAUUAAUUAAUGCAAAGGUAUUAAAAGC